AUGAUAGCCUCCCCCUAUGUCGCCCCCUCCCGCGCCAGCUCCCCAUCUCCCGAGCGCACAUACAACCCCGCCUCAGACGCGAAAGCAAUCCUCGACGAGCUCCGACACACAUUCACGCGACCCUCGCCGCAGCCACUAAUAGAAAUCCUGCCGACUCUGACGCCGCAGCAGCUCAAAUCGCUGCGCAAAGAAUACAAGACGCUCUACCGGGGCGUAAACCUAGCCAAGCACAUAAAAUCCGUUUUCACGACGUCCACGCCCUUCGGCAAAAUCAUCUUCGCCGUAGCCCUGGGGCCCUACGAGAGCGAAGCGUGGUUUUCGAACGGCUGGUACCAGAAAAAGGAGACGCGCAACGAGCUGCUGAUCGAAGCGCUAAUGGGCAAAUCCAACGCCGAGACGGAAGCGAUCAAGGCAUGCUUCAAGGACGCCAAAUACGACUCGUCGCUCGAGAAAGCAGUCGCCGAGGAGCUGCCCGCCAACAAGUUCCGCGUCGCGGUGAUGGCGCAGCUCUCCUGCGGCCGCAUGGACGAGUCCGCGCCGUUCGUAGAAGCGGGCGUCCAUGAGGACGUUAAAAGACUUGGCACGAUCCUGGAGCGCACUAAUGGCGCCGCGGGUGGUGAAACCGAAAUGGUCGGGAUUAUUGUUAACCGCUCCGAUCGAUGGCUCCUCGCCGUCGCCCAGCUGUAUAGACAGGUCUAUCAGCGCGACUUGGCGAAGGCUGUCAUGAAGCACUCCAAGAACCUUGUGGGCGAAACACUCCUCCACAUUCUCUCAGGCGUCACAGACCGGCCUUUGCGCGACGCGAAGCUUUUGCAGCAAGCGCUGGUAGCGGUAGUGGAGCAGAGCCGCGAGGACCUGCUGAUCUCGCGCGCCACAAGGAUCCAUUGGGACCCGAGACACCUAAGAAGGGUCAAGAAGGUCUUCAAGAAGAAGUAUGGCGGUCUGUCGGUGCGAAGGUCGUCGAGGUCGCCAAAGGGAGCUUUAGGGAGUUUUUGCUGA